AUGCGCCGUCGGAGAGAAACCAGUGCAACCUCCCGCACUGCCAUUACUGAAUCAUCCACCACGUCUCCUGGAAUUACCGAUGACGAUAGAUCCGUCGAACCUAGCUCGGAGACGGACCUGACGGAACCGGAAUACCUGCCUCCCCCUUCUCAGAAGGUCCAGAGAAGGAAAAUACGGCGAGGCCCUGCUUCAGGACGCGAGCGAGCGGACUUCGCAGAGUUCAAAGUUUCGGAAACUGAGAAUAUCAUAGAUGUGUCGGCCGUGGAGGUGGUUCAUCAGGGCCGUUACGAAGAUCCAGCUGAUGAUACAGAUGAGGAUCUGUCUAAGGUGCCGGGGGAUUAUGGCAAAUCGAAUAAUACCCGGAAACUGAACCUUCGACUGGAGGAUCGCUGGGCUCGGUACUGUCGGACUAAAGCAAUCGAGCCAUCAGCCGAUCCGAAGUGGGAAGAUCCAGAGGAGGCCUUACGUCAAGCCUCCCCAAACGACAUCCACCGGUUUCUGAAUUGGUGUCUCAAGCUGAAGUACGGCUUGGACGGUCGCCGCCUAAAGGGCUACAGAAAAGCCAGUGCCCUUCAAGCGGAUUGGAAGUAUUUCCGAGUCUAUUACACCAAAGUCACGAAGCAGGAGAUGAGCAAGGAAAUGGGUGAGGCGGUGCGCACUGGAAUGAGACACCUGAUCGAUAAACGAGGGUUGGACAAACAGCCCCGGGCAAAUGUCCCGGUCUAUAUCGAAGAUAUGGUACCGUUCAAUGAGACAAUUUUCCAAACCCAGAAAAGGCGAUUUCAUCUUGGCUUUCAGCGAAUUAUUCUAUGUCUCUACAACACCAUCGGGCUAUUUACUGUCAACCGGAAACAGGCGAUGCUACAUCUCCAGUUCAAGCAUUUGCAGAUAACUCUGCAGCGUGAUCCGCAUGGAGGACCACCGGUGCGGAUGAUCGAAAUCGAUCCCCAGUUUGUGAAAAGUGUCCUCGGAAUGUACAAGGUUAAUACCUUCGCCUUACCAGAAAUUAUCUAUGGUGUAUCGCUUUGUUUUAGCCCACACGUAUUACUCUUCAGCAUACUGUUCUAUGUAAAUGCAUUUGAGGCGCCUCACUUGACUUCAAUGGAGGACCUUCGGAGGCUGUUCAUUGAGGAUGGGCGACAGGAGAUGCCACUUCCGCUGAAAAAGGAGAUGGACAACUACUACGUAUUUCCGAAGGUUGACGUCAUCGACGGCGAGCCCCGUAUCUUGUGGGAGACACGCAUGAACGGCUCUACACUGGAUGGGCAGCUUCGGUCAUUCAGUGAAAUACAUGGUUUCCUGAAUCAUUUUUUCUCGCACCAGUUCCGUUACGGGGGAGGAGAAUUGCUUGACCAGAGCG